AUGGCUUCUUCUGCUACUAGUUAUAGUGCUGUUCCUGAAGAACCUCAGAUUCAUCACAUAAUUGUCAUUCCUGAAAAGAUUGAGGCGGAGCUGCAUGAUGGGUGCUGUAUUUACAAGGUUCCUCCCAAUCUCAGGAAGUUGAAGGAUGGGGAAGCCUACACACCAGAGUUGAUCUCAAUAGGCCCUUUUCACCACAACAAACCAGAGCUAAAGCCAAUGCAUAAACAGAAGCAAAGGUACUUUCUUGCCUUCUGGGAACGUGUAACAAACAAAAAGGCUUUGGCCAAAUACAAAGCCUUCCUCAAUGAAAACAUUGGAAUGAUAAGAAGUAGUUAUUCAGAGCCAGAUAAACUUGAUGAUGAUAAGUUUGUGGAAAUGAUUCUCUUAGACUCUAUCUUCAUUUUGGAGUUGUUUCUUAGAAAAUCAGAACAAUCUGCGCAAGAAAAGGAUUAUAUGUUGACCACAUCAUGGAUUUGCAAGAGCAUCCAGAGAGACUUGUUACUUCUUGAAAAUCAGCUUCCAAUCUUUGUCUUGGAAGAAUUAUAUAAAAGGGUAUAUAAGCUAAAUAGUCUUAGUUUUCUUGAGCUUGCAUUUAACUACUUUGAAGAUUAUUACCCACAUAAGUCAACAAGUGACCAAAAUAAUGAUAUGGUCAAGAACUUCAAAUCAUGCAAGCACUUCACAGAUUUGAUCAGAUUUUUCUUCCUUCCAGAAAAGGUUCACGCUAAAGAGUGGAAUCCAUCAGAACAUUUCACCCUUAAUGGCAAACAUGAAUGUGUGCUUAAGACUGCUACUAAGUUGAAUGAAGCUGGAGUUAGCUUUGAGAAAGUUCACCACAGGAACUUAUUAGACAUAAAGUUUAAGAAGAUUCCAGUUUUGAGUUGGUUUCUAUGCUUAGGUUGUUUACCAUGCUCCAAAUGGGUCAAAGCUCGUUUUCAAAUCCCUCAAUUAGAAGUGCUUCAAACAACAGAAUGUGUCUUAAGGAACCUUAUUGCAUUUGAGCAGUGCCACUAUUCAGACCAACCCUUUAUGUGCAACUAUGUUUCUCUAAUUGACUCUCUUAUUAACACUAAAGAGGAUGUGGAGUUGUUGGUUGACAAAGAAAUCAUAGUCCAUGAACUUGGCUGCCAUAAGGAAUUGGCAACUAUGAUAAAUGGUCUUUGCAAGAAUGUUGUGGUGAAUUGCAAUUAUUAUGGCAAAAUCUCAAGGAAAAUCAAUGAUCACUACAAUAGCUGUUGGAAGCAUUAUAUGGGUAUGUUAAGGUCAGUUUACUUCCGUGAUCCUUGGAGACUCAGCUCAACUAUUGUAGGAGUUGUUAUCUUCUUAUUUGCCAUUGUUAACUUUCUUCGUGUCACUGGUUUAUACCAUCCAAAAUACUGA